CCGCCGCCGUGCCCGCCGCCGCCGCCAUGCCCCCACCGGCCCCGCCGCGCCCCGCGGCCGCCGCCGGCGCACCAUGAAGCGGCAGAACGUGCGGACGCUGGCGCUGAUCGGCUGCACCUUCACCUACCUGCUGGUGGGCGCCGCCGUCUUCGACGCGCUCGAGUCCGAGGCGGAGACGGCGGAGCGGCGGCGGCUGGAGGCCAAGAGCGACGAGCUGAGGAGAAAGUACAACCUGAGCGCCGAGAGCUACCGGGAGCUCGAGCGGGUGGUGCUCAAGCUCAAGCCGCACAAGGCCGGCGUCCAGUGGAAAUUCGCCGGUUCUUUCUACUUCGCCAUCACCGUCAUCACCACCAUAGGCUACGGGCACGCGGCGCCCAGCACGGACGGCGGGAAGGUUUUCUGCAUGCUCUACGCGCUGCUGGGCAUCCCCCUGACCCUGGUGAUGUUCCAGAGCCUGGGCGAGCGCAUCAACACGCUGGUGCGCUCGCUGCUGCGCCGCCUCAAGCGGCGCCUGGGCAUGCGGCGGCCCGAGGUGUCCAUGGCCAACAUGGUGACCAUCGGCUUCUUCUCCUGCGUCGGCACGCUGUGCGUCGGCGCCGCCGCCUUCUCGCACUACGAGAACUGGAGCUUCUUCCAGGCCUACUACUACUGCUUCAUCACGCUGACCACCAUCGGCUUCGGCGACUACGUGGCGCUGCAGAAGGACCAGGCCCUGCAGACGCAGCCGCAGUACGUGGCCUUCAGCUUCGUCUACAUCCUCGCCGGGCUGACGGUCAUCGGCGCCUUCCUCAACCUGGUGGUGCUGCGCUUCAUGACCAUGAACGCCGAGGACGAGCGCCGCGACGCCGAGCAGCGGGCGCUGCUGGGCCGGGCCGCUCGCUGCGGUGGCGCCGCGGCCUCUGUCCCCGAGGUCACCGCGGUGACCCCGGCCGAGAGCGGCUUGCGGAACGUCUACGCCGAGGUGCUGCACUUCCAGUCGGUGUGCUCGUGCCUGUGGUACAAGAGCCGCGAGAAGCUGCAGUAUUCCAUCCCCGUCAUCAUUCCCAGGGAUUUGUCCGGCUCGGACGCGGGUGUCGAGCGGAGCCGUUCCUCGCCGGCGCGGUGCCCCGGGACGCCGGAGCAGCGCUGCUUGUGCCGCUCGGCCAUCAGCUCCGUGUCCACCGGCCUGCAGAGCCUGGUGGCGUUCCCGGCCUUGGCCAAGCGCCGCAGCUCCGUGUAGCGCCCGAGCCGCGAUCCCACCGCGAUGGGCAACGACGCCGUCCCGCUCGGCUGCGGGUGGGUUUUAAUUUAAAACCGCUUGGAUUUUUAAUUUCACACACAAAAAACCCAAAAAAACCCAAAAAAACCCAAAAAAACCAACCCCAAAACUCAUUCCUUGAAAAUGUGAAACGUGGGAGAGUGGCGGAAUUUUAAUUUCACACACAAAAACCAAAAAACAACCCAAAAAAAACCAACCCCAAAACCCACUCCUUGAAAAUGUGAAACUUGGGAGAGCGGCGGAAUUUUAAUUUCACACACAAAAAACCCAAAAAACCCCAAAAAAACCCCCCAAAGAAACAACCCCAAAACCAACUCCUUGAAAAUGUGAAACUUGGGAGAGCGGCGGAAUUUUAAUUUCACACACAAAAAACCCCCAAAAAACCCAAAAAAACCCAAAAAAACCAACCCCAAAACACACUCCUUGAAAAUGUGAAACUUGGGAGAGCGGCGGAAUUUUAAUUUCACACACAAAAAACCCAAAAGAAACCAAAAAAAAACCCCAAAAAAACCCAACCCCAAAACCCACUCCUUGAAAAUGUGAAACUUGGGAGAGCGGCGGAAUUUUAAUUUCACACACAAAAAACCAAAAAACAACCCAGAAAAAACCCAAAAAACCAACCCCAAAACCCACUCCUUGAAAAUGUGAAACUUGGGAGAGCGGCGGAAUUUUAAUUUCACACACAAAAAACCAAAAAAACCCCAAAAAAAACCC